AUGCUUGAUCAACCUUAUUGGCCGAGAAGCAAUGGUUCGGAUCAUUUCAUCAUGUUAGGCCGAUUGACAUGGGAUUUUCGACGUUUAACUGAUAGCGACACUGAAUGGGGAUCGAAAUUUAUUUAUAUGCCUUCGAUGAAAAAUGUAAUGCGCCUUGCGGUUGAGCGAAGCCCCUGGGAUGAUUUGGAGGUUAGUGUACCUUAUCCCACUGCAUUCCACCCUCGUUCCAAUUCAGAACUGGUCCAAUGGCAAAGUUUUAUCAGUGCUCGAAAGCGUACAAGCCUCUUUUGUUUUGUUGGUGCGACGAGGAAGAAGAUCAAGAAUGAUUUCAGAGGAUUGUUGAUGAGUUACUGCAAGAACGAGUCUGACUCGUGCCGAGUUGUUGAUUGUGCUGCGACUCAUUGCUAUGAUGGUGCCCCGGCAAUUCUGGAAGCGUUUUUAGAGUCGUACUUCUGUUUGCAGCCGAAAGGCGAUGGCUUCACGAGACGCUCCUUCUUUGAUUGCAUGCUAGCCGGUUCAAUCCCAGUUUAUUUCUGGAAGGGAAGCUUUAUGAAUCAAUACCGGUGGCACUUGCCAGGUGCCUACGAGAGUUACUCGGUAUUUAUAGACCAUACUGAUGUGAGAAAUGGUAGUUCUAUAAGAAAAGUACUAGAGAGGUAUAGUGAAAAAGAAGUGAGAAGCAUGAGAGAGAGAAUAAUAGAGCUUGUCCCAAAGUUUGUAUAUUCAUGGUCAACUCAGGAUUUAGGGAAUACUAAAGAUGCUUUUGAUAUUGCCAUUGAUGGUGUUUUGCGGACGUUCAAGGAGCAAAGCGAGCGACCAUAA